ACCAAAAGUCAUAUAGAUUAGUUGAUGGUGGCUGUCAUUGGCCUCAGGGAAUUUCACUGCUCAUUCUCUUCACAUUUAAAUUUCCAUUUUCCACUAAUUCAGAAUUUUUAGUCACCUGAAAAUGAGUUCAGGGAAGAAACCAAUAAACAUAAUAGAAGCAACAAGAAAGUUGGAAGUUGAUCAUCGUAUUCCACUCCAAUAUUACUAUAAGAUAGCUCAUAAUCUUCUCAAAAAGGCAAGCAUUUAUCGGCAGGAGAACAACAUCAUAGAUCUGUACAUUCUGCAACUCAGAUACGCCAGUCUUAUAACAGAAACUAUGCCUUUCCACCGAGAAUACAGUACUUCAAAUCAUAGAGAAAAGAUAUAUUACAAAAAGAAACUACUGGAUGUACUUCGCGAGCUGGAAUGUUUAAGACCAGAAGUUGAACGGGAAAUUAGUAAAGUGAACAGAGAACAUGCAUUGAAGGAACUGCAUCGGCAAAACAAUGAAUCAUCGUCUAGACAGCAGCCUCUUAGUAGAAUGGCUUCUUUAUGGCCAAACAAUAAGCAGACGAGGCAUUCAAGACUGACUCUAAAUAUCCGCGUUAGUACCCCUGAAGUUGUUGUACCGUCAGCACCACCAAUCGAAAAUUUGGUCAUAGGUGAUGAAGCCCCAUCACAAACUAGUUCAUCUGAGUCUAGUUUUGCAGAUUCAUCUUCUGCAACAACGGAGAACUCAUCAAAGAAAACACACGAUGAAGGUUGUUCGAGGACUGCUUCAUCGUGUAUCAUAUGCUAUGAAUCCCCAAUAGAGGGUGCUUGUGUACCAUGUGGACAUAUGGCUGGGUGCAUGUCAUGUUUGAACGAGAUUAAAGCCAAAAGCUGGGGAUGCCCGGUCUGUCGCGCUGAAAUCGAGCUUGUUCUACGUUUAUAUGCUGUUUAACAUGUCAAGAAGUAUAUAAUCUUGAUCUAUGUGUGUUUAUAGUGAACAUCUAUUUGCUAUAAUACUUUGCUGUGUUCUAUAAAUUAUAAAGCAAAACAAAUGUAUACUUUGCCCUUUUCUACCUAUUGUUGGUAUUUUCUGCAGUUUGAUAUCAUUUGUAAAUAAAGAUUGUAAAUGUAUUGUGGGAGAAAUAUAUUCUUCCUGUCAGUUUCAGUGAUAUUUUUCUUGUGCAAA